AUGGGUGCCGACGAGAAGACGCGCGUCUCGGGCGAGGUUCCUCGCGGCGAGAACGGCUCCAUCCUGCCCACCACGAACCCGGACGUCGAGAAGAGCCAGCCUCCCAAGGCUCAGAUUCAUCCCGCACUCUACGUCAUUGUCUGGAUUUCCUUGUCCUCGUCGGUCAUUCUGUUCAACAAAUGGAUUCUCGACACCCUCAACUUCCGCUACCCGGUCAUCUUGACGACCUACCACUUGACCUUUGCGACUAUCAUGACCCAGAUCCUCGCUCGCUGGACGCACGUUCUCGACGGACGCAAGUCGGUUAAGAUGACUGGCCGCGUGUACCCCAACCUAAAGGUCUUCCUGAACGUCUCCGUUAUCGUUGUUGGUGUCAUCAUUGCCUCGAUCGGCGAGAUCAAGUUCGUUUGGAUCGGUGUUAUCUACCAGAUUGGCGGUGUCAUUUUCGAGGCCCUGCGUCUCACCAUGGUCCAGCGCCUGCUCAGCUCUGCUGAUUACAAGAUGGAUCCUCUCGUCUCUGUCUACUACUUCGCCCCCAUCUGCGCUGCCAUGAACCUGGCUGUCGCUCUGAUCUGGGAAAUCCCCAAGGUCACUAUGGAUCAGGUUUACAAUGUCGGCCUGUUCACCUUUUUCCUGAACGGUCUCUGCGCCUUCUUGUUGAACGUCUCGGUCGUCUUCCUGAUUGGCAAGACUUCUUCUCUUGUCCUGACUCUAUGCGGUGUUCUCAAGGACGUCAUGUUGGUCGUUGCCUCUAUGAUGAUCUGGGGCACCCAGGUGUCUGGUCUCCAGUUCUUCGGUUACAGCAUUGCCCUCGGCGGCAUGGUCUACUACAAGCUCGGCUACGAGCAGAUCAAGGGCUACAUGGGUGAGGCCGGCCGCCAGUGGGCUGACUUUGGCCAGCGCAAGCCUAUCCUCCGCAAGCUCAGCAUCAUCGUGCUCUCGGCGUUUGUUCUCUUCACCAUGCUUGGUGGUCUGGCGCCGACGUACGCUCCCGAGUACGACCCCCACAACCUCAUUAACGAGGUUAACAGCCACUUUGGCAGCAGCAGGGCAUAG